CAUGGAGGAGGAAGAAGACAAGGAAACCUUAAGCGGAGAAGUUUCUCUUGAAAACGUCAGUUUUUCACAAGUCUCUGCUGUCGCUACGGGAUGGAUGUUUGACUUUAUGUUCGUGAGCUUGUGUCGACACUUUAAAGAGGAGAAAUACGAGGACUUCAAUGAACUUAUAUCGACUUUACAAGUUGUCUCUAAGACUCCAUCUCUUAAAAGAACCAUCUACCAGGAGAAAACGCUGAUUUGUGCUUUCCUCUCAAGACUUAUUCAUGGAGAGCAUUUGGAUGUUCAGUUUGAAGAAGAUGAAUCUGUGACGCCUCUGAUGUCUGCUGCCCAGGUGUGGUCCAGCCUGAAGGGCGCAGUGGCAGAUGACAGUUUGUUUGACAACAUCACUGUUCUGCUGCUUGUCCAGUCUGUGGCGGUCUGCUUAAAGGAAGGUCAAAGAUCUUCUGCCUCCUCCGCCCUCAAGUGGUUUGAGAACAACAUAGAGUGCCCGCAGAAAUUGCGAGAUAAGUUAUCAAAAAUAGUGGAUCAGAAGGACACUUACCACCCAUUCCUGAUGAGCUUCAGCUUCAGCCGCCUGCUGGAGACAGUCCAGAUCUUUUUGGACGCCUUCUUGGAGAAGAAUCCUUCAGAUUACCUUCUGAAGGCAGCUACUGAGACGGUCCAGUCAUCAAACCGCCGUGAAGAGCUGGAGGACUCUGAGUUACAGAAGAGUUCUUCCACAGAAACAACCAAUGGAUCACAUCAGAAGAAGAAAAGCACAAAAAGGAAACUACUCCCAACUAAAAUUACCGACAUGUGGAGUCCCAAGUCAACCAAGAGGCUUUCUGUUUCUGUCAAAAGAAUCACACCAGUUGAGAUAUCCAGGAUGAAACGUAACGAGUCAGUGAACAACACGAGCGCAAAUAAAAAAAGAAAAUCCCGCGAGAAAUGGACAGCAGAGCUGGAUAAAUACCUCAAAGAUGGUGUGAAACGUCACGGCGUGGGGAAGUGGAGUCGCAUCUUGAUGGACUAUGACUUUGACGGUCGAACCGGUACCAUGCUUAAAGACCGAUGGAGAAUUCUGCUGAAGGCGCAUGAAGUCGAAUGAGUUGGAAAGAGACCCUCUAACUUGUUUUAUUUUGUAAUUUAUCUGAAAAUAGACUAUUCUUUUUUUCUGUUGUUUUAGCAUUUCAGCUGUUAUUUCCUUGUUUUUGUUGCUGAGAUGUUUGCAUUAAAUAAACUCACCACUAGAGGGCACUCUGUACAGAAAUAUACAUUGGGUAGUUUUGUAUUUCUUUGUGUUUUGGCUGGAGUUGUAGGAUAAACCGGUCCUCCUCUUGUUCCCAUUGAUCUUUUAGAAAUGUGAUUUUUUUUUUUCAGCAAAAACAUUCAAACAAACAUCUCAGAUGAAUGAACAAGUUUGAGUAUAAAUUGUAUUUAUUGAGUUUAUUUCACAAGUCUGUACAAGUUCAACUUUUUAAGUUAAGUUGUUUUUUAAUAAAAUGCUUUUCAUGGAA